GAGCCUGAGCGCAGAGCCCUCAGCGGAUGUUUUUAAGCAGGCUGAGUCCUAGGGGUACCCAAGCGAUGUCAGGCAGCUGCGGGCGGAAUCCUCCUCCAUUCCCGGAUAAUGAAGAUCUGGAGGCUGAACUAGACGCCCGAGUGCUGGACAGCGACGAGGAGGAGAAUGAAGGAGAGGACAUAUUCACCGGCGCCAGAAGUAAACCGACCACACCGACAUCUGCUCCCGAUGAGGGCGAUAUCUUCAGCGAGGAGGGCUCGUACAUCAGGAGCAAUGUCCAUCAUACCACUAAUGGCCUUCACUCUGAUGAAGAGCUGGAUCUGUUCACUGAGGCCACUGUAGAACUGACCCUUACCAACACCACAAGUCAAGGCAGGAGAGAGAUCAUUGGGCCGACUGCAUCAGCUUGCAACACCACACAUGUCCCUAAUUCCGUACUCAAACCCAGCAUCGUCACCAAGACCAUGGAGGAGUUGGAGGAGGAAGAAAGUGGAGACCAGUUUGAGCUAAAUGUUGCCGUUACAAAUCCAGAGAAAAUAGGAGAUGGCAUGACUGCCUACAUGUCUUACAAAGUCUCCACUCAGACUACACUGCCCAUGUUUGCUAAUAAGACGUUUACAGUGCGUCGGCGUUUCAGUGAUUUUCUGGGACUGUAUGAAAAGAUGUCAGCCAAAAACUCGCUGCUGGGCUGCAUCAUCCCGCCUGCACCUCAGAAGAGUGUAGUAGGAAUGACGAAAGUCAAGGUAGGGAAGGAGGAUUCAUCCUCAGCGGAGUUUGUGGAAAAGAGGCGAGCAGCGCUGGAGAGGUAUCUACAGAGAGUAGUGGCCCAUCCGUCUCUGCUGCAGGACCCAGAUGUUCGAGAAUUUUUAGAGAGAGAUGAGUUGCCCAGAGCAGUGAAUACUCAGACUUUAAGUGGACCUGGCCUGCUUAAGAUGAUAAACAGAGCAUCCGAUGCCGUAAAUAAGAUGACCAUUAAAAUAAAUGAGUCAGAUAAUUGGUUUGAGAGUAAACUGCAGGAGGUGGAGAAUGAGGAGCAGCUGCUGAGGAGGCUCCAUGCAGCCGUGGAUUCAUUAGUAAACCACAGGAAAGAGUUGUGUAGUAGCACAGCGGUGUUCAGUAAGAGUGUGGCUAUGCUGGGCAGCGUGGAGGAGAACUCAGCUCUGUCCCGUGCCCUGUCACAGCUGGCAGAGGUGGAGGAUAAGAUGGAGCAGCUUCAUCAGCAACAGGCCUUCAGCGAUUUCUUCAUCCUCGCCGAGCUCCUGGCGGAUUACGUCCGACUGCUGGGGGCCGUGAGGUGCUGUUUUGAGCAGAGAAUGAAAGUGUGGCAACGUCUGCAGGAAGCUCAGAUCACACUGCAGAAGAAACGAGAGGCUGAAGCCAAACUGCUGUGGGCGAACAAACCUGAGAAACUGCAGCAGGCUAAAGAUGAUAUAAAUGAGUGGGAGUCUAAAGUCAGUCAGUAUGAGAGAGAUUUUGAAAGAGUCACCUGUACUGUGCGUAAGGAAGUGCUCAGAUUUGAGAAAGAGAAGGCCAGAGAUUUCAAACAGCAUAUAGUGAAAUACCUGGAGUCUCUUCUACAUACACAGCAUCGGCUGGUGAAGUGUUGGGAGGCCUUCCUGCCCGAGGCCAAAGCUAUUGCCUGAUCAGAGCCUUACCUCACAUGCUCCUAACCUUUGACCUUGACAACAGACAAUCAACAUCUCUCUCUCUCUUCCUAUUUCCUUUGCUCUCUAUGUGUCAGAUAACAUCUUAAUACCUGUCGAUCCUUGAAUUGUGAUGGUCAACCUGCACAGUGACCCAUCUCACUGUUGAUUAUUGAAUGUUGAGUGUAAAGGUUAAAAGUCAGAGCGGCGUUAAAGAAAAAAAGAUCAACUGUGUGUGGGGGGGGGGGGGGUGCCGCAACAAUUUUUUUUUCGUAACGUGUGCACGUAUGUAUGUGUGUGUGUGUUUGGUGUUAUCCUUAAGGUUUUUAAUGGUGCUUAGCCUGUGUAGUGUUUUAGUAAACUUUAAACCGCCUUUAAGACUGAACAUUCAUUCCAGAUGAUAGAGAUGAAUAAAAACACUUGAGAUGUGUCCAGGGUCACUCAACCCGGCCUGAUGUUGCACCAUGUAUUUAAUAUUAUAGCAAAGUAUGAGUACGGCAUUAAAAAAAAAGAAUGAUUUACAGACUAUAAAGGGAAAAUGUGUUGUUGUCUUUUGAAUGAAGUCCCACAACUUGUGUUGCUUGUUUCGACUGAAUUUUUUAUGUUCUCAAACUGAUGCACUGAUCUGGACUGGUCCAGAUAAAGGUCUACUGAUAGGUGGACAAACAUUUCUAUUCUGAAUUCUAUAUGAACUUGUCUAAAAUGUAUGUUAUUUACUAAAUAAUAAUAAUAAAAAAAGAGUUGUUGUUUUGGA